AUGGCUGGAGAGUAUCGAGGACAAAAGUACGUCGGUGGAGACCCACCAAAGAAAGACGCCUCCAACCUCGCGCGCAUCCGAGCAGUAUUCCUGUUGGCGGAUCUCUAUGUUCCUGAUGCAGAGAUGGCAAGGUAUUCUCGACAACAAGUAUUCCUUCUCGAUUCUCCGAACGGCAAAAAGAUAGCAUCGCCGCUCCAACUACGUUAUCGCAGCAAUGGCCCAACGCCGGGCGAAGAUAAACCACCCGCGACUACAGAUUCGCCUUUCAAUAGUCCCAUUCAGUCAGCCUUGUCACCCUUCGAUCCUCAACGUCCACGGGCUCUUAGUACGUCCAGUCCACUAGGAAUAGGACUGGAUCGUGCGGUAGAGUCGCUUUUUCCACAAGAGCUUCUGCUCCUGGCGGCCACUAAACUAGAAGCGGAUAUUUGGAGAGAAAAGCUUGGGACUGUGAAAAUCAAGGCUGAAGCCAGUCCAACUAGUGCCCACCCGAACAAGGCAUGUAUUCAAAUUGCACCUCCGGCUCUUACUGAUAGUUAUGUCUCAGAGCAUUUGACUUUGUUUGAAGACGUUAAAGGUAGACGGUACAUCUUACUGUGCAGUGAUGAUACGGAGGGAGGAGCUGUGAUUCGGGAUGACACAGGGGCUCUUCAGCCUUUGAUGGCACCAGCACAAGUCAAACAAUGCUUCAUCGUUUCUUCGAUGAGACUAGCUCUUCUCCUUGUGGGAAAGUCUCUUUGGUCCCUUAAACUAUCCGAGCUCACCGGUGCUGAUAUGGCUACACCAACUGUCAUCAAGAAUGGCGUCAAUUUUUUUCAUAUUGGAUAUCAUAGAGGUACCCUAUUAUUGGUUCUUGUCAGCGAGCUGGUAUGUAAUCCCUCAUUCCACCAACACUGUCCUGAUAAUGCCCCCGAUAUUCAGUCCAAGUCGACCCAGUUGAAGUGGUACACUUGUGUGACGCGGCCGUCUCGACCUACAUCUGGUUUUUUCGGUCGAAACAGCAAGCCGUUCAAGCAAUUGGGCGAACACGAGCUUCCCGGAAAACUUCACGGCGUAGAAGUUCUAGAUAAUGGUAUUAUGACCUUUGGAGAAGGUGUCAAGAUCAAACCACAAGAGCUUCCUCGGAUACCACUCGGCGCAUCCAGUCAGGUGGCCCAGCAGUGCCAGACGUCCAAACCUGUUGCUGCUACUCGAUCCGGCGACGAUUUUCUUCUCUGCUAUUCUGAUUUUGGAGUUUACGUCAAUCCAGCUGGUGAAAUUAUUGGUCGUACCAUUGAAUGGACGAGCAAUAAAAUCUCGAGCAUAUCCUUUGCAGGUCCAUAUCUCUUCUUGGUCUCGGAUUCUUCUAUCGAAGUGAGGCUAAUUGAGAAUGGCCGUAAGGUGGAAAUGAUCGAGGGUCGCUCCAUGAAACUUCUGCGAGGAAUGGAUGAAACCCGACUCUCAAGCUCAAAGGGGCAAGAACUGGCUGUGGAAACAGCAGCAGCAAGCGAUGAGACGGACGGAGAAGACGACACUGGAAUGCUUCAUUUCGCCACGCGUCCCGACGAUUCUCCAAUUGAUAUCGCGGUAAUGGAACUUGAAAUGGAUAUUUUGGACCUCUCGGCUUGA